UUAGAGCUACGUUGUGCGAUAAGAUAGUAUAGCACUUGAGUGUGUUGCUUCUAUUGACGCUUAAAACCCGGCACCGCUCUGACGUGGUUGACACUGGCACGAUGGCUCUCACCGACGUUUCAACGGCCUUCACGGAGGACAAAUUGCGGGCAAUCCUCAAGGAGGAGGGUGGCUUCGAGUUGAAGGGAUACGAAUUUAUUGGUGGCUUCAACAAGAAGGGGGAUUCGUACCUCAGUGAAGUGUUCCGGUUGCGCAUUGAUGGGGAAAACCCAACAACGGGUGCAAAAAAGUGUCUCAAUUUUGUCGUGAAGGGUCUCCCGAAGAAUAUUGGACGUCGCCGGACGUUCAGAUCAACGGAUUUUUUCCGCAAUGAAAUUGCCUUCUACGAGGACGUCAUUCCGGCAUUUGAGGAUUUCCAGACGAGGAAGAAAGCUAAGAAUCCCUUCCGGGAGUACGCAAGAUGUUUCUUAUCGCAUUGCGAUGGGGAACAAGAUUACCUGGCUUUGGAUGAUUUAAGCAAGUAUGGCUUUGAAGCAGCAGACCGACAGGAUGGACUGGAUCUGGCUCAUUGUCUCCUGGCUAUGAAAUCUCUCGGACGCUUCCAUGGAGUUUCCCUGGCAAUGAAGGAUCAGGAACCGGAGAAAUUUGCCGAAAUAGCCCAGAAACUGCGUGAAGAGUAUUACUCACCGCGUCUCAAGCCGUGGUACAAUGAUUUCCUCAAGACACAAAUUGUCGUUGCGAAGGAUGCCAUCGGGAAGGAGUACCCAGGGACGAAGAUUGAGGAGAAAAUGCAGCAAUUCCUGGCGGGUGAUUUGUAUGAUCGUAUGAUUGAGAUUACGCACGCCAAGAGUCCACUUUCGGUGAUUGGGCACGGUGAUGGUUGGGCUCCCAACUUCCUCAUUAAAUACGACACUGAGGGUGGAGCUCGUGUGCCCAAAGAGAUGAUGAUAAUUGAUUUCCAGCUCACACGCUGCGCCACAGUGGCCAUUGAUAUCAGUUUCUUCAUCUACUCGUGCACCACUCAAAGUCUCCGGGAGAAGCACUAUGAUGAACUUCUCCGAGCUUACCAUUCCAGCUGUUGCAAGCUAAUUGAUGAUCUUGGCUCCAAUUCAGCCAAGAUCUUCCCCUAUUCCGCCCUGGAGGAGGAGAUGAAGAAAUAUGGGAGAUUUGGUGUUGGAAUGGGCAUUGAAUCUGUCCCAUUUUCCGUCAUGCCCGAAUCCGAUGCAUUCGAUUUGGAUUCAAUUAAGGGCGACACAGCUAUUCCGCUGCAGGAAGUGUGGGUGCUAAAGCCAAUCCCAACGAAAGAGGGGCGUCUUCGUGUAGCAGAAAUGUUCAAGCAUGCCACUGAGAUGGGAUAUCUCGAUUGAUAAAGAAGGAUCUCUCAUUCGCCUAACGGAAAUGAUUCUUAUUUUGAAGAGUCUGGGAAUUUUGUCCAUCCGGAAGCAUUUGUUGGGAUUCCUUACCGACACUUCCGGUUGGACAAAGCAUCCAGAUAAAUAAAAUGAUUUCUCUCAGACAAAUCCUCAGAAUUAAAAAAUUAAAGAAUUUCCACUGGAAAAGUAUUUUAAACACAAAUAAAAUUCCUUCAUGCCUAGAGAAGAAAAAAGCACGUGAAAAAAUUUUCCACCGUCAUCAAUGUAAUCAGUAGAAUGAAUAAAACAUAAAUAAAACUGAUAAGAAAAUGACGAUCGAAUUGUAUCCAAGGAAAGAGAGUAGAAAACAAUAAAUUUUAUAAACAUAA